AUGUCAGUUAGGCUCGACUUGGAAGCUGUGCCGCUGAUAGACCUCACAGCUCGUCCAUCCGAAGGUCAGUGCAGAGUUUUAGGAGAAAUUUCUUCAAAUAUUCCUUUUGCAAUCAACUGCUUGUUCCAGAAAAAAUACCCAUAAAGUUUGAAAAUGAUACACUCAACCAGGAUGUGGCGCGAUCAGUUAUACAACAGGUCUGGUUGCCGGAAAGCUUCCCAAAAAAGAUUGCAGACGGCGAGAGACGGCAAAAUGUCGGAAGCCUUCCACACGGCACUUUCCCAGCAUCCAGAAGCCGUCAACGUCGCCGACCAUCUGGACGGAGUUCGUUCCGACGCUUUUUUCGCUUCAAUGAAGAUGACUACAGAUGACCGCAGUCCAUUUUGCGGCCAAAUACGGACACAUCGACGUUCUGAAGGUUCUAUUCCGAUUCCACGGCGACGUCGCCGUGCAGAACUUCGAGGGCGACACUCCACUGCAUCUUGUGGCCAAGUACUGCAGAAGAGGUCUUCUUUGCGACGAUGACUUGAUUCCAAGCAAGAGUUCAGGCUUGGAUGGGAGGACCAAUAUCACAUCUCAGAUCAUUCGUAUGCUUGUCGGACAGCAGACGUGAGUUUAGAGUUCGAAAAUGUUUUUUGUAACCUUUGAGUGUACUGAAAAUAAUAUUAUGGAUUAUUUGAUAAGUUGUUACAAAUAUUGAGGUAAAUCUUUUUUUUGUAUAGGAUGGAAUGAUGGAAACUAACUGUUUGAAAUGUUUCUUGUAUUUGAAAAACCAUUUUGAAAGGGAGAAUAUAAUUCCAUCGUGAAAAUUUUGUCUCUUCCCUUUCACGCUACGCUUUCCUAUUGUGAAAAAGAUUAAAUUAAUAAGAAUAUAAUUUGGAAAAAAAGUUGGGUGAGGGAUUUUUUUCAUUUUUAGGAGACGAGAACGUCAAAUCGAUUUUUGCCAAAUUACCAAUUCAUUUUCAUUAAUACAAAUUAUUACAGUUCGAAAAUGCGAAACUCAGUACGUUUUCAUUUUCUUCAUUCCAGGUUUUUCAAUACCAAAAAAUUACAAAGGGAUCUUUAUCGCGACCCAAACAGCUUGGUCUUCAGAACAAAUUCAAAGGACAAGUCCUACAUCAACUGCAAGGACAAGUUCAAGCUCACCGCUUUGCACUACGCGGCGAUGAAGUCGAACGUUCAGGCCGCAGUCACUCUGAUCAGUCUCGGAGCAACCGUCACGGUCUGGCUCCUUCUCCCAUUUCCCAGGAAGCGAAGAGCUUCAGGAGACCGAUUCGAACGACGUCACGCCACUUCUGCUGGCUUGCGUCCACGGAACCAAGGAAGUCAUCGAGAAACUCAUCAACGCCGGGAGCGAUCUCACCAAAAAAGACCAAAGACAGAACACAGUGGGUGUUGAGCUAGAGCGUGUUUUCGAGGUUCACAUAGGUCUACCACAUCGUUGCACUGCGAGGCGAGCCUGAGAUUCUCAGAAUGCUGCUUCAAAGAGGUUUUUCUCGGCAUGUGAAGAGUAGACCUUGAUCUACUCGGCCAUUCUCAGCUGGCAAGGACGGCUGGUCUUCGCUCUUGCUGCGGAACAACGAGGGGAAGACGCCGUUGCGGAUGGCUGUAGAGGGAAAUCAUCCACAGACCCUGAAGGAGAUCCUUGAAAUUGAGCAGAAAAACGGCACCGACUGGAAAACGUGCCCUCUUCCCAAGUUAAUCAUUCCAGAUUAAUUUUUUUCAGAAGAGAAAAAGGAUUGUUGCAUUUGGCAGCGGGGCGAGGAUAUCUGCAAGUAAUUUCAGAGCUUGUCCAGGUACCUUUCCAUUAUUAUGCAGAAAAUCCCUAUCUUCUAGGCUGGAGCGAGUAAGACGGAAGUCGACUCCAGGAGACAGAUCCCAUUGCACUUGGCUGCGAAAAGCAAUCAGAAAGAAGUCGUCGAAUAUCUUUUGGAGGUGAACGUUAAAAAAUUGAGUGAAGAAGAAAACUUAAAAUCACUUCACGAAAUCUUUUUGGAGACUCCAGUUUUCAGAAGGAAACGAUAGAUGCAGUCGACGACUUCGGAAUGACGCCGCUUAUGGUCGCCUGUGCCCACGACAGCAUCGACGCUUUGAAAGUAACCUAUUCGGAAGCGUUCAGGUCCAGAACUCAAGAUCUGUAGAUUCUGAUUGAAAGCGGAGCCAACGUCUGGGUUUUCGACAACGACGACCGGACUUGUGUCUUCGUAGGUGCCAAGUACAACGCCCUAAAAACUGUUGAUGUGAGUUUAUUUUUGGAGGCUUUAAGAUAAGAAAAUUUUCAGUACAUUUUAACUUACUUGAAACAACAAGCCGCAGCCAAAGUGGGCAAUGAGCCAGCUGGGAAGUUUUUCAAAACUCUGAGGAGAGUAGACACUUCUGGAGAGGUGAAGGAAAAGAGGAAGGAUAAUCAAAAAGUAGUUUUGAGACGAGCAUGGUGAACAUGACGGACAGCGACCAGAGCACGCCGAUGCACGUCGUCGCCUCCAACGGCUACAUCGAGAUGAUGCGCGUUCGUUAGCUGUCGGCCUUGACCCGCUUCAAGUCGGUUGCAGCUGCUCUACGACCACGGCGCCAUCAUCUCCGCGGUGAACGAAGACGAAGAGACGCCGUUGCAUCGAGCGGCCAGCGUCGGCGAAACGGGAGCUGGUCGGGACUCUUUGCUUUGAAAGAAGUGAAGAGAGUUUUCUAGUUCGGCAGCUGCUCGAAUGGGACAGGCGUUUGAUCCUUCUGAAGGACGACAUGGGCAACAGUCCGCUGCAUCUCGCUGCCAAGAGAGGUGUCGUCCUUUUUUUCUAUGCCAAAUCAAAUUCAUCGAACUAUACUUGCCAGUGAAAGAAAACUUUGGGUUUAAAAAUAAUCUGACUUGAAACAGUUUUCCCCGUUCAAAAAGCACCAGCCGGUCUUUUCAUACAUUCAUUUGAAUAUCUUCGAAAGCCUUAGUGUCCGAUCUUAGUUUCAAUCUUAGAAAAUAAAUUUUCAAAAUUGCUCGUAUUUGCAAAAUGAUCAUUUAACAUUGAGUGACUUCGAAACUCCUCAACUGCAAAUGUGCUGAAUUUCAAGCUGAGCCCUUGAAAAAAAAAUGGAAUAAAUAAAAAAUCAAGCUUUUUUUACUCAAGCCUUACCCGUAAACGAUAUUUUCGAGAAAAAAAGCUAUUAAUUUUUCUGUACUUGUUCUUGUUAACAUAUUGCAAGUAUAUACUAUAUAGCAACCACAAAUUCAUUGCUGACCCUCAAAAAAUGAGGUAAAAAACGUUUUAUGUUUUCUUUUUCGUUUCUGAAAACAUAUUUUGAGCUAGUUUCCAGAAUGCCUUUUAGAAAAUCUAACGCUGAAAAUAUUUUUAACCUGAUGGUGAGAGCUCUGAGAGCUUUCCCAGUGUCCUCAAAGGCUGUUUCUGUUUUUUUUUCUCCAAUUCCGAUAUUUUACAACUUUACAAUUUUGCAUUGCAAAACUCAACUAACCUUUUGUGGAAUGGUUAUUUUUUUGUCUCAUUUUAUCUAGAACCUUGACUUCCAAAGUUUCGUUCACUACGUCAGAAGUGGACUUCAGCUUUUUUGAAAUGAGGAUUUCUCUCUGAAUUUUCGAUAUUUGGAGCCUCAGAGCGACACGAAACGUGGAUACGUUUGUUGCAUGAGCCUGUGGACAUGAAGACUGUCUUGUAUUCUUCGAAAUGGAGACGUCAGCUGGCGGAGGGUCGACCGAAACAGGCCAUCUGUCCCGUGGCAGCAGCUGCGUCCUUCGCUGUGAGCUCUUCUAAAAUCCGGCCCUACCUACUUUGGAAACCGACACCAGUAAUAGCACGCAUCUGCAUCUAUUUUUGUCGCGGUGCCUGCUUCAUUAAAGUAUUACGGCGCCCUGUUAAUCUCGUGCGGCUUCACCUGUCUAGUGAUUAG